AUGGGGAAUGCGCUGUCCGGCUCGAGCCACCGGCUGCCGGGCGCCGGCGAGCUGGUGCUCGAUAGCCAGCUGCAGUACGAGUGCAGUCUUGGCUCGUCACGCUUCCUGCGUGCGACGCGGGUGAAGCACGCGCUCGGCCCGCUGGUCGUCAAGGCGUUUAUCAAGCCCGACCCCUCGAUGCGGCUCCGGGGCCUUGUGCGGCGCUUGCGGUUGGAACGCGAGGCUCUGGAGGAUGUGCCAAACGUCCUGACCUACCAAGAGGUGAUCGAGACCGAAGAGGCCGGCUACCUCGUGCGCCAGUGGCUCAUGUGCAGCCUCUACGACCGGAUCAGCACGCGCCCAUUCCUCACGCAAAUCGAGAAGCUGUGGGUGAGUUACCAGCUUCUGUACGCGAUGCAAGCGUCGUCGCAGCGCAACGUGCGCCACGGCGACCUCAAGUGCGAAAAUGUGCUCGUGAGCGGAUCGCUGUCUGUGUACAUUACCGACUUUGCCUCGUCGUUCAAGCCGACCUACCUUCCGCUGGACGAUCCAGCAGACUUUUCGCUGUUUUUUGAUACGGCCCGCCGGCGGACAUGCUACGUUGCCCCGGAACGCUUCUACGACUCGCUUGCCGAGCUCACGACGCGCGUCGAGCGCGAGGGCGGGCACAGCCGCAGUGCGACCGACGUCGAAAACGUGUCGGAUCUCUUGACACACGAGCCCUACCUUGAGCUCCUGGGCCUCGGGCGCCCGUCGGGGAGCGUCACCGAGGCGAUGGACGUGUUUUCCUUGGGGUGCGUCCUCGCAGAGCUCUGGCGCGACGGUGCGCCACUCUUUACCCUCUCGCAGCUCUUUCGGUACCGCGAGGGAGAGUUCGAUGUCGAGGCGAUGCUCGCCGAGAUUCCGCACGACGGCAUCCGCGAUUUGGUGCGCCGCAUGGUCCAUGUCGACCACGAGCAUCGGCCCACGUUUGCUACGCUGCUCUCCGAGUCGUCCGAGCACGUCUUUCCUCUGUCAUUCUCGCGCUUCCUGCACCUGUACCUCGUCGAGCUGCAGCGGCCGGCCCAGGGCGCGCCGACACACCCCGACCAAAGCGAAGCCGAGGCGCAGACUCGCAGGACGCACCUUGCGCGCAUGGUCGAGCCAGACGAACGUAUCGAGCGCUUGUACGAGGACUGGGCGACGCUGCUCCCGUUCCUCGGCGAGCCCGGCGCGAGGCUGCGUGACGAGGGCGAGCUGCCGCUCGGUGUAUGCCUUCCACACGUCCCAGUACCUGACCCUGCGCCCCGCCGCGCACGCGCAGAGAAGGACGGCGAAGCACUGCUUGUGCUCUCCGUGGUACUUGCCAAUGUGCGCAACUGCCAGCGUGCCUCGGCGCGGUGCCAUGCCAUGGAGAUCAUGAUGCACCUCGUGUACGGCUGGCUUUCGGACGAGGCGUGCCUCGAUCGUGUGCUCCCGUACUUUGUCGCACUCCUGAGCGACCGCAGCGCAGUGUGCCGCGCGCUGGCGAUGCGGUACCUCGUUACGACGCUCGAGUGCGUGCAGUCGACGACGCCAGGGAAUACCGGCCUCUUUAGCGAGUACAUCCUGCCGCACCUGCGCCGCAUGACGCAAGACUCCAAUGCCAGCGUGCGCACCGUCUAUGCCGCGCACCUGACGCGUCUCUUUGAGUCUGCGAUCCGGUUCCUGCAAAUGGAGCAGGCGCCGAGCGCGAGCGACGCCACGGCAUCCGUGCGUGGCUACGACGAGCAGAUGGAAAACCUGCGGCUCAUGGCGCAGGAACAAACGCUCCUGCUCCUCACAGACCCUGCGUCGUGCGUGCGUCGUGCGCUGCUGGGCGACUUUGGGCUGCUGUGCACGCUCCUUGGCGCGGAACGUCUCGAGAACUCGGUGCUGAGCCACUUGCUCACCUACUUUAAUGAUCCCGACUGGGAGCUCCGUGCCGCGUUCUUCCACGCAAUCGAGGCGCUUGUGCCGGUGCUUGGGCCCAAGGCGCUGGGGCGGUACGUCCACCCACUGCUCGUCCAAGCACUUGGCGACGAGGAGGAAAUGGUCGUCGUCGAAGCCCUGCGCAGCUUCCGGCGCCUCCUUGCCGAGGGGCUGUUUGGCCCUGCGACGCGCUACGAGCUUUUGCGCCACGCCGCAGGGCUCCUGUGCCAUCCCAACUUGUGGAUCCGCGAGGCAGCGGUCGGCCUCUUUGCGCAGGCCGCAUCCGAGUGCACGGCCGCCGAGGCGUGGACCAAGCUUUAUGUGCUGCUGCGUCCCCGCUUGCGCUGUGACAUUGCGAGCCUCACGGCGGAAGCACUCUACGCAAACCUCGCACCGCCGCUGCCCCGCCCUGUCCUUUCGGCAGCAACCAACGCCGUGGCAAAGAAGAACGAGGUGUUCCUUGCUUACUGGAAGGUGCGGGCGGAGAAAGCAUGGAAAGAUGCGGCCGACGCCGAUGCACAGGUGCGCGCGAGCAUCGACCAGAUCGUUCGCCCGUCCUCCUUUGCGUCGCAUACCGACUCGAUGCAUCCGACAAACGCGGACGAGAAGGCGAUGCUGGCGCGUCUCGCGGCGCUCGGCUUUGACUGGAAGCACGAUACCCCCAAGCUCAUUGGGCUCUGGUGGUACAUUGUACGCCUCGCGCAAUCGCAUGGCAAACGCGCCAAGGCAGGCCCGCCGAGCACCUCGCUCGAUGGCGCGCCGCCCCAUACCAUAUUUUUUACGCCGCACACCUCGCCGCAAGCACCUCCGUCCGAGGCCGCCAUUCGCACUGCCAAGAAGCGCAUCCAGCGUGUGAACCAGCGCAAGGCGAGUGUCGACGACGUGCUCGACACACAGGUCGCGCAGCACGCCGAGCCACCGCCGCUCCGCAAGAAGGACCCGCCGAGCACGCCUGAAAAGCCCCGGCAGCCGCUCGUCACAGCGCCAGCCAAGGCCGAGGCCUCGACGUCGGUCGUGCACGCGCACGCCCAGCGUGCCCGCACGCCUUCGGCCCAGACGCAGGCCGACGAGUCGCUGCAAUUGCUGCAAGAGAGCGGCUCGGCGCCGCCUGCCGAGGCAACGUCGUACACGUCGACGUACGACGGCAGCGAUCCCUUUAUCCACGCGCAUCUCGAGGCCGUGUACGACCGCAUGGCGCAUGGCCGCAGUGCAUUGGGCGUGCCGAGCGUCCCCAGCGAGACGCCACGCGCAUGGCCUGCGCCGCAUAUGCGGUCGCGUGCCAAGGUCCCGGGCGUGAGCAGCAAUGUGCGGCCUGAAGGCACACUGAUUGCAUACUUUACCGAGCACAGCGGUCCGAUCACUGCACUUGACCUCGCAAGCGACCAGCUCUUUUUCGUGAGUGGCGCACAGGACGGACUGGUCAAGGUGUGGGAUACGUCGCGCCUCGAGAAGAAUGUCACGGCACGCUCGCGCCUGACGUAUACGGCGCACAGUGCGCCGAUCACGGCUCUUCUCGUGCUGCACAAUACCCACUGCAUUGUCAGUGCCGCGAGCGACGGGUCGCUGCAUGCAUACGGCGUCGCGGCGUCGGGGGGCGCGUCGCUACCCAAGUACGGCCGCCCCCACCCCCUCGGCCGCAAGACGCUGCCGAAUGGCGAGCACGUCGUGUGCAUGGCGCAGCUCGCCGGCGGCGCCGCGCCGACCUUGGUGCUCGGCACGAGCCACGGGCGUGUGCUCUUUUGGGACGUGCGGUGCAUGCAGUGUAUACAUGCCAUGACCACCCCCGUGUCCCACGGCGCAGUGCAGUGCCUUGCGCUGGAUCCUGCGCGCCACUGGCUGUGCACCGGCAGUGCGAAUGGCGUGUUGUCGCUGUGGGACCUGCGCUUUGCGCUGCUGCUGCGCAGCUGGGCCGUUGGCGAUGCGGACCAGGUGACGCCCGGGCACGUCUAUGCACUGGCCGUGCACCCCACCCAGCCGCGGUGCGUCUUUGUUGCGUAUACGUCUGGCGACGUUGCACCGCUCUUUGACGUAUUCGAUCUGGAGGCGAAUCGUGUGCUGGCCAUGUACACGGCGACGCAGAGCGAUGCGGCGACGCAGAGCGAGUCGCGCAAGCACUAUCGCGUGCUCCAUCCCGACGCCCAGCGUCCCUCCGCGGCGCUGGCUGCGCUCGUGGCGCACCGUGCGCGCCCCCCCGUGCCUCCGCCAGUGUAUGCGCUGUGCGCCGGUGCAGACGGAUACGUGUCAUCGGGUGCGCGGCCGGGGUACGUCGUGUGUGCCGGCAGCGAUGCGAUCGUGUGGUACUUGGACCUGGGCCGCGUCGAAAAGAGCGUCGCGAUCGGCCUGCAAGCCCAAGGCGAGUUUGUGAGUGUCGGGGACACGCCCAACGCCCCCAGCGAGUACAGCCACCGCCGUCCGUCCCCCCGGGACAAGCCGCUGGCGAGCCGUACCCCCCUACAUGCGCUGCACUCGACGAAAGCACUGAGCGCGUUUGUCAAAGCGCACAAAGACGCCGUGACCGCGCUGAUUUUGAUCGAGCACCCCUUCCGGUGCAUUAUCGCCGGCGACCGCACAGGAACGAUCCGUGUGUGGGAAUAG